UUCUACCGGACUUCCAGAAGAUGGGUAAAGGUGGUGGGACACGAAUACCACUAUGGAUAUCAAUACUAACCCUGGUCUUCAUACAGAUCAAAGUUCAAGCCCAGGGUGGUGAAAAACCAACAAAGUCAGAGUAUGUUUCUCCAUCUCUCCUGAAGCAACAAAAAUCUUUCAACUCCCAAGGAGUGACAAUCAUUCCACCUUUUCAAAACGCACUGAAAGUAAAGGCUGGCAACCCCUCUCACAAUGGCCGUGUGUGCAGCACAUGGGGUAACUUCCACUUCAAGACCUUUGAUGGGGACAUCUUUUACUUCCCUGGGGUCUGCAACUACAUCUUUGCAUCCAACUGCAAGUCUCCCUACGAGGACUUCAACAUCCAGAUUAGGCGUGCAAUGGUGGAAAAUGCUACUGUGAUCACUCAUGUCAUCAUGAAGCUGGAAGGAAUAGUGAUCGAACUGACCCCCACCUCUGUCCUGCUCGAUGACAAAUUGGUCCAGAUGCCCUACAGCCAUAUGGGAGUCUUGAUAGAGAAAAGUAACAACUAUUUGAAAGUUUCUGCCAAGUUGGGACUGACUUUCCUUUGGAAUGGACAUGAUGCCCUCCUGGUGGAACUAGAUCAGAAAUACGCCAAUCAAACUUGUGGACUUUGUGGGGACUUCAAUGGAAUUCCAGUCAGCAAUGAAUUUAUUUCAGGGAAGACAAAACUGACCCCCAUACAGUUUGGUAACAGGCAGAAGAUGGAUGGACCCACAGAGCAGUGUGAUGAUCCUAUUCCUCCUACUUCUCUGAUGAACUGCUCAAGAGAAUUUGCUUCUAUCUGUGAGACAGUAUUAACCAGCAAAGCAUUUACGAGUUGUAAUAUGCUUGUGAACGUCCAGGACUACAUUGAAACUUGCAUACAAGACCUGUGCCACUGUGACAGCUCUAUGGCUGACUUCUGCAUGUGCAACACCUUUGCUGAGUACUCCCGGCAGUGUGCUCAUGCAGGUGGACAGCCCCUGAACUGGAGAACCUCAGACCUGUGCCCCAAAUCGUGUCCGUUCAACAUGGAAUACCAUGAGUGUGGCUCUCCCUGCUCCGACACGUGCAGCAACCCAGAAAGAUCCGCACUUUGUGAAGAUCACUGUACAGAUGGCUGCGUCUGUCCUCCAGGAAUGGUGUUUGAUGAUGUUAAUGGUGCUGGCUGCAUUCCCCGCACAGAAUGCCACUGUACCUAUGAGGGUGAAACUUAUGCUCCUGGUGCCUCCUUCUCAUCCAAAUGCAGAUCAUGUACCUGUGUUGGAGGUGAAUGGUCUUGUGUCACUCAGUCGUGCCCUGGGACUUGCAGUGUUGAAGGAGGUUCCCACAUUUCAACAUUUGAUGAGAAAUACUAUUCCUUCUUUGGAGACUGUAGUUAUGUCCUAACCAAGCUCUGUGAUAGCAAUGAAUUCACGGUGUUGGGGGAUAUCCACAAGUGUGGCCUGACUGACACUGAAACAUGCCUCAAGGGUGUAGCUAUCAGCUUAAACGGAGGACAAACGAACAUUGUGAUCCAGCCUUCUGGGAGUGUAUUUGUGAAUAUGAUCUACACACAAUUACCAUUCUCAGCAGCAAAUGUCACCAUCUUCAGGCCUUCAUCUUUCUUCAUAAUUCUGCAAACAACUUUUGGUCUUCAGCUACAGGUUCAACUUGUGCCUUCAAUGCAAGUUUAUAUAGACCUAGACCCGUCACAUAAAGGGCAGACCUGUGGUCUCUGUGGAAACUUCAAUGAUGUACAGACAGAUGAUUUCAAAACCACCAGUGGUGUGAUAGAGGGCACUUCAGCUGCCUUUGGCAAUACUUGGAAAACUAGGGCUGAUUGUCCUGAUGCCAAAAAUACCUUUGAGGAUCCCUGUACUGUCAGCAUCCAAAAUGACCAGUAUGCUCAGCACUGGUGUGGACUGCUCUCGGAUACCACGGGACCUUUUGCUGAAUGUCACUCAGCAGUGAAUCCAGAAGUUUACCAGAAGACCUGUAUGUUUGACACGUGUAACUGUGAGAAGAGUGAGGACUGCAUGUGUGCUGCCCUUUCCAGCUACGUCAGAGCCUGUGCUGCAAAAGGAGUUCUUCUCACUGGAUGGAGGAGCAAAGCCUGCACAAAAUACACCACCUUGUGUCCAAAGUCCUUGGCGUACACCUACAAUGUCAAUUCCUGUCAACCCACGUGCCGGUCUCUGAGUGAGCCUGAUGUCACAUGCAGCAUCAAGUUUGUCCCAGUUGAUGGCUGUACCUGCAUAAAUGGAACCUACAUGGAUGAUAGUGGCAAAUGUGUGCCCGCUUCUAGCUGUCCCUGUUACUACAAAGGAAUGCCUCUGUCUUCUGGAGAAGUUGUUCAUGAUAAUGGUGUUAUCUGCACUUGCGCCUAUGGAAAGCUGAGCUGUAUUGGAGAGAAGCCUGAACCAGUCUGUGUGCCUCCCAUGGUUUAUGUUGACUGUGGCAAUGUCACUGCAAAUGUGGUAGGAGCAGGAUGCCAGAAGAGCUGUCAGACUCUAGACAUGGAAUGUUACAAAACUCACUGUGUCUCUGGCUGUGUAUGUCCUCAUGAUCAAGUGUUGGAUGGCAAAGGUGGCUGUAUAGCUCCAGAAGACUGUCCAUGUAUUCACAACGGGAAUUCCUACAGUCCAGGAGAAUCAAUCAGAGUUGGCUGUAACAACUGCACAUGUAGAAACAGAAAAUGGCAAUGCUCUGAGGAACCCUGCCUGGAAACAUGUUCUGUUUAUGGAGAUGGGCAUUAUACCACCUUUGAUGGCAAACGCUUUGACUUUGAAGGAGACUGUGAAUAUGUUCUGGUCCAGAACUACUGUGGUCAACAAGCUAUGAAUCAGGGAACCUUCAGAGUCAUCACUGAGAACAUACCAUGUGGCACUACAGGAACUACCUGCUCUAAGUCUAUUAAAGUUUUCUUGGGUAACUAUGAGCUGGUACUCAGUGAUGGACACUCUGAUGUCAUCCAGAGGACACCUGGAGGAAAAAUGCCAUUCCAAAUCCGUUCCAUGGGCAUCUACAUGGUGGUUGACACUACUGUUGGUCUGAUACUCAUGUGGGACAAGAAAACCAGUAUAUUCAUCAAACUUAGUCCCAGCUUUCAGGGCCAUGUGUGCGGACUUUGCGGAAACUAUGAUGGCAAUGGAAAUAAUGACUUCACUACUCGCAGUCAGUCGGUGGUAGGAAAUGUGCUGGAGUUUGCCAAUAGCUGGAAAGUGUCUUCUAGUUGCCCAAAUGCCAAUCGUACACAGGAUCCAUGCUCUGCAAACCCAUACAGGAAAGCCUGGGCACAGAAGCAAUGCAGCAUCAUUACCAGUGAAGUGUUUGCAAACUGUCACUCACAGGUUGAACCAAAUGAAUAUUACCAAGCCUGUGUGGAUGAUGCUUGUGCCUGCGACACUGGAGGAGACUGUGAAUGUUUCUGCACAGCAGUAGCUGCCUACGCUCAAGCAUGCAAUGAGCUGGACAUCUGCAUAUCAUGGAGAACCCCAUCCAUUUGUCCUCUGUUCUGUGAUUACUAUAAUCCACAAGGGGAAUGUGAGUGGCACUACAAGCCAUGUGGAGCACCUUGCAUGAAGACCUGCAAUAAUCCAAGUGGGAAAUGCCUUCAUGAGAUGAGGGGUUUGGAAGGCUGCUAUCCACAAUGUCCCAAAAAUAAGCCCUAUUUUGAUGAGGAAACCAUGACCUGUGUUUCUAAUUGUGGUUGUUAUGAAGAUGGAAAAAAUUACAAACCAGGAAUGGAGAUGCCUUCAAAGCAGAAUUGUGAAUCAUGUGAAUGCACAAUUCAUGGCAAAAAAUGCAGAUAUGAUGAACAUGAAUGUGUCUGCAUUUAUGAGGGGCAGAAGUACAACUACAAUGAUGUGGUCUACAACACUACAGAUGGCACAGGAUGGUGUAUUGUUGCAACCUGUGGUCCCAAUGGAACACUUCAAAGAUUUAUCCAUUACUGUCUAACCUCAACAUCACCCACAACAGCAACGACAUUUCACUUCAGUUCUACACCACCUACCACUACUUCCACAGUGUCACCGACUACAUCAGUAUGCGUUCAUGAAGUCUGUACGUGGUCAGAAUGGUAUGAUGGGAGUCUACAAACCCCUGGCUAUGAUGGGGGAGAUUUUGAAACUUUUCAUGAUUUACAAGCGAAAGGAUACGAAGUCUGUAAAGCUCCAAGGGCUGUGGAAUGCAGAGCAGAAAAAUUCCCUGAUAUACCACUGAAAGACCUUGGCCAAAAAGUAGAAUGCAGUACAACGAAAGGGCUGAUAUGUUACAACAAGGAUCAAAUUUCAACAAUGUGCAACAACUACGAAAUCAGAAUCCUCUGCUGUGUUUUUGUACCGUGUUCUUCCACAACACCUCUGAGUACAUCAACCCAGGUCACAGCUUCAGCUCCGACAGAAACAUCUACUGAAACAACAUAUUCAGUUACUACGGAACGUACAACAUUCAUACCUUCAACUAUUGAAGAAACAACAACCACAACUAAAAUGAUGACACCUGUCACCACAUCCCCUUCAACAAUUCCUCUUUGUUUCAAGGAAAAAUGUUACUGGUCAAGAUGGUAUGAUGUCAGUUACCCAGGGUCAGGUUACAAUGAUGGAGAUUUUGACACCAUUCAGAACAUUAAAAACAAAGGAUACAAAGUUUGUGAAAAUAGAAAGGAUGUGGAAUGUAGAGCAGUACGGUUCCCUAAUACACCAUACCCUCUACUAGAACAACACAUAACGUGUAACACAGAAGAAGGGUUGAAAUGUUACAACAAGGAUCAACUGCCACCCAUAUGCUAUAAUUAUGAAUUGAGAUUUAAAUGCUGCAUAAACAUAAGAGUACCAUGUGAAACAACCCCUGAAAGUGUUACUACAACAACAGAACCAACUACAUUUUGGUCAAGAACAACAUCCAAACAAGGACCAACAACACUAAGUUUACAAACAAAACACAAGACAACAACUGAAUACACUGUCCAACCAAAAACAGAUUACAUACAUACCAGAAUAACAUCAAAACCAACUACACAAAAAACUUACACAGGAGUAAUAAGCAGCACAACACCAAAACCUACCACCACCUCCACCACCACCUGUCAACCCGAAGUGUGCACCUGGAGCGAGUGGUUUGACGUUGACUUCCCCUCCUCGGGGCCCAACCAGGGAGACUUUGAAACCUACCAGCACAUCCGCGCCGCCGGCAAGCGAAUCUGCCGGCAGCCAAAGGCGAUCGAGUGCCGGGCGGAGGACUACCCCGACGUUGCCAUCCAGCAGGUGGGACAGGUCGUGCAGUGCGACGUCCACUUUGGACUGGUGUGCAAGAACGAGGACCAGACGGGCAAAUUCAAGAUGUGCCUCAACUACAAGAUCCGCGUGCUCUGCUGCACCCCCAACUACAACUGCUCCAUCCAAAUCCCCUCCACCCCCAGCAGCCCCACCACCAGCACCGCAACCACUACGCUGCCAACCUCCUCCCCGGUCACCACCUCCACCUCCACGCCCUACACCUUCACCACCACGAGUCCCACCUCCACGGAAAUCAGCACUUCCACCAGCCCCACGCCACUGACGUCUACCACCACCUCCACCACCACCUGUCAACCCGAAGUGUGUACCUGGAGCGAGUGGUUUGACGUUGACUUCCCCUCCUCGGGGCCCAACCAGGGAGACUUUGAAACCUACCAGCACAUCCGCGCCGCCGGCAAGCGAAUCUGCCGGCAGCCAAAGGCGAUCGAGUGCCGGGCGGAGGACUACCCCGACGUUGCCAUCCAGCAGGUGGGACAGGUCGUGCAGUGCGACGUCCACUUUGGACUGGUGUGCAAGAACGAGGACCAGACGGGCAAAUUCAAGAUGUGCCUCAACUACAAGAUCCGCGUGCUCUGCUGCACCCCCAACUACAACUGCUCCAUCCAAAUCCCCUCCACCCCCAGCAGCCCCACCACCAGCACCGCAACCACUACGCUGCCAACCUCCUCCCCGGUCACCACCUCCACCUCCACGCCCUACACCUUCACCACCACGAGUCCCACCUCCACGGAAAUCAGCACUUCCACCAGCCCCACGCCACUGACGUCUACCACCACCUCCACCACCACCUGUCAACCCGAAGUGUGUACCUGGAGCGAGUGGUUUGACGUUGACUUCCCCUCCUCGGGGCCCAACCAGGGAGACUUUGAAACCUACCAGCACAUCCGCGCCGCCGGCAAGCGAAUCUGCCGGCAGCCAAAGGCGAUCGAGUGCCGGGCGGAGGACUACCCCGACGUUGCCAUCCAGCAGGUGGGACAGGUCGUGCAGUGCGACGUCCACUUUGGACUGGUGUGCAAGAACGAGGACCAGACGGGCAAAUUCAAGAUGUGCCUCAACUACAAGAUCCGCGUGCUCUGCUGCACCCCCAACUACAACUGCUCCAUCCAAAUCCCCUCCACCCCCAGCAGCCCCACCACCAGCACCGCAACCACUACGCUGCCAACCUCCUCCCCGGUCACCACCUCCACCUCCACGCCCUACACCUUCACCACCACGAGUCCCACCUCCACGGAAAUCAGCACUUCCACCAGCCCCACGCCACUGACGUCUACCACCACCUCCACCACCACCUGUCAACCCGAAGUGUGCACCUGGAGCGAGUGGUUUGACGUUGACUUCCCCUCCUCGGGGCCCAACCAGGGAGACUUUGAAACCUACCAGCACAUCCGCGCCGCCGGCAAGCGAAUCUGCCGGCAGCCAAAGGCGAUCGAGUGCCGGGCGGAGGACUACCCCGACGUUGCCAUCCAGCAGGUGGGACAGGUCGUGCAGUGCGACGUCCACUUUGGACUGGUGUGCAAGAACGAGGACCAGACGGGCAAAUUCAAGAUGUGCCUCAACUACAAGAUCCGCGUGCUCUGCUGCACCCCCAACUACAACUGCUCCAUCCAAAUCCCCUCCACCCCCAGCAGCCCCACCACCAGCACCGCAACCACUACGCUGCCAACCUCCUCCCCGGUCACCACCUCCACCUCCACGCCCUACACCUUCACCACCACGAGUCCCACCUCCACGGAAAUCAGCACUUCCACCAGCCCCACGCCACUGACGUCUACCACCACCUCCACCACCACCUGUCAACCCGAAGUGUGUACCUGGAGCGAGUGGUUUGACGUUGACUUCCCCUCCUCGGGGCCCAACCAGGGAGACUUUGAAACCUACCAGCACAUCCGCGCCGCCGGCAAGCGAAUCUGCCGGCAGCCAAAGGCGAUCGAGUGCCGGGCGGAGGACUACCCCGACGUUGCCAUCCAGCAGGUGGGACAGGUCGUGCAGUGCGACGUCCACUUUGGACUGGUGUGCAAGAACGAGGACCAGACGGGCAAAUUCAAGAUGUGCCUCAACUACAAGAUCCGCGUGCUCUGCUGCACCCCCAACUACAACUGCUCCAUCCAAAUCCCCUCCACCCCCAGCAGCCCCACCACCAGCACCGCAACCACUACGCUGCCAACCUCCUCCCCGGUCACCACCUCCACCUCCACGCCCUACACCUUCACCACCACGAGUCCCACCUCCACGGAAAUCAGCACUUCCACCAGCCCCACGCCACUGACGUCUACCACCACCUCCACCACCACCUGUCAACCCGAAGUGUGCACCUGGAGCGAGUGGUUUGACGUUGACUUCCCCUCCUCGGGGCCCAACCAGGGAGACUUUGAAACCUACCAGCACAUCCGCGCCGCCGGCAAGCGAAUCUGCCGGCAGCCAAAGGCGAUCGAGUGCCGGGCGGAGGACUACCCCGACGUUGCCAUCCAGCAGGUGGGACAGGUCGUGCAGUGCGACGUCCACUUUGGACUGGUGUGCAAGAACGAGGACCAGACGGGCAAAUUCAAGAUGUGCCUCAACUACAAGAUCCGCGUGCUCUGCUGCACCCCCAACUACAACUGCUCCAUCCAAAUCCCCUCCACCCCCAGCAGCCCCACCACCAGCACCGCAACCACUACGCUGCCAACCUCCUCCCCGGUCACCACCUCCACCUCCACGCCCUACACCUUCACCACCACGAGUCCCACCUCCACGGAAAUCAGCACUUCCACCAGCCCCACGCCACUGACGUCUACCACCACCUCCACCACCACCUGUCAACCCGAAGUGUGCACCUGGAGCGAGUGGUUUGACGUUGACUUCCCCUCCUCGGGGCCCAACCAGGGAGACUUUGAAACCUACCAGCACAUCCGCGCCGCCGGCAAGCGAAUCUGCCGGCAGCCAAAGGCGAUCGAGUGCCGGGCGGAGGACUACCCCGACGUUGCCAUCCAGCAGGUGGGACAGGUCGUGCAGUGCGACGUCCACUUUGGACUGGUGUGCAAGAACGAGGACCAGACGGGCAAAUUCAAGAUGUGCCUCAACUACAAGAUCCGCGUGCUCUGCUGCACCCCCAACUACAACUGCUCCAUCCAAAUCCCCUCCACCCCCAGCAGCCCCACCACCAGCACCGCAACCACUACGCUGCCAACCUCCUCCCCGGUCACCACCUCCACCUCCACGCCCUACACCUUCACCACCACGAGUCCCACCUCCACGGAAAUCAGCACUUCCACCAGCCCCACGCCACUGACGUCUACCACCACCUCCACCACCACCUGUCAACCCGAAGUGUGCACCUGGAGCGAGUGGUUUGACGUUGACUUCCCCUCCUCGGGGCCCAACCAGGGAGACUUUGAAACCUACCAGCACAUCCGCGCCGCCGGCAAGCGAAUCUGCCGGCAGCCAAAGGCGAUCGAGUGCCGGGCGGAGGACUACCCCGACGUUGCCAUCCAGCAGGUGGGACAGGUCGUGCAGUGCGACGUCCACUUUGGACUGGUGUGCAAGAACGAGGACCAGACGGGCAAAUUCAAGAUGUGCCUCAACUACAAGAUCCGCGUGCUCUGCUGCACCCCCAACUACAACUGCUCCAUCCAAAUCCCCUCCACCCCCAGCAGCCCCACCACCAGCACCGCAACCACUACGCUGCCAACCUCCUCCCCGGUCACCACCUCCACCUCCACGCCCUACACCUUCACCACCACGAGUCCCACCUCCACGGAAAUCAGCACUUCCACCAGCCCCACGCCACUGACGUCUACCACCACCUCCACCACCACCUGUCAACCCGAAGUGUGCACCUGGAGCGAGUGGUUUGACGUUGACUUCCCCUCCUCGGGGCCCAACCAGGGAGACUUUGAAACCUACCAGCACAUCCGCGCCGCCGGCAAGCGAAUCUGCCGGCAGCCAAAGGCGAUCGAGUGCCGGGCGGAGGACUACCCCGACGUUGCCAUCCAGCAGGUGGGACAGGUCGUGCAGUGCGACGUCCACUUUGGACUGGUGUGCAAGAACGAGGACCAGACGGGCAAAUUCAAGAUGUGCCUCAACUACAAGAUCCGCGUGCUCUGCUGCACCCCCAACUACAACUGCUCCAUCCAAAUCCCCUCCACCCCCAGCAGCCCCACCACCAGCACCGCAACCACUACGCUGCCAACCUCCUCCCCGGUCACCACCUCCACCUCCACGCCCUACACCUUCACCACCACGAGUCCCACCUCCACGGAAAUCAGCACUUCCACCAGCCCCACGCCACUGACGUCUACCACCACCUCCACCACCACCUGUCAACCCGAAGUGUGCACCUGGAGCGAGUGGUUUGACGUUGACUUCCCCUCCUCGGGGCCCAACCAGGGAGACUUUGAAACCUACCAGCACAUCCGCGCCGCCGGCAAGCGAAUCUGCCGGCAGCCAAAGGCGAUCGAGUGCCGGGCGGAGGACUACCCCGACGUUGCCAUCCAGCAGGUGGGACAGGUCGUGCAGUGCGACGUCCACUUUGGACUGGUGUGCAAGAACGAGGACCAGACGGGCAAAUUCAAGAUGUGCCUCAACUACAAGAUCCGCGUGCUCUGCUGCACCCCCAACUACAACUGCUCCAUCCAAAUCCCCUCCACCCCCAGCAGCCCCACCACCAGCACCGCAACCACUACGCUGCCAACCUCCUCCCCGGUCACCACCUCCACCUCCACGCCCUACACCUUCACCACCACGAGUCCCACCUCCACGGAAAUCAGCACUUCCACCAGCCCCACGCCACUGACGUCUACCACCACCUCCACCACCACCUGUCAACCCGAAGUGUGCACCUGGAGCGAGUGGUUUGACGUUGACUUCCCCUCCUCGGGGCCCAACCAGGGAGACUUUGAAACCUACCAGCACAUCCGCGCCGCCGGCAAGCGAAUCUGCCGGCAGCCAAAGGCGAUCGAGUGCCGGGCGGAGGACUACCCCGACGUUGCCAUCCAGCAGGUGGGACAGGUCGUGCAGUGCGACGUCCACUUUGGACUGGUGUGCAAGAACGAGGACCAGACGGGCAAAUUCAAGAUGUGCCUCAACUACAAGAUCCGCGUGCUCUGCUGCACCCCCAACUACAACUGCUCCAUCCAAAUCCCCUCCACCCCCAGCAGCCCCACCACCAGCACCGCAACCACUACGCUGCCAACCUCCUCCCCGGUCACCACCUCCACCUCCACGCCCUACACCUUCACCACCACGAGUCCCACCUCCACGGAAAUCAGCACUUCCACCAGCCCCACGCCACUGACGUCUACCACCACCUCCACCACCACCUGUCAACCCGAAGUGUGCACCUGGAGCGAGUGGUUUGACGUUGACUUCCCCUCCUCGGGGCCCAACCAGGGAGACUUUGAAACCUACCAGCACAUCCGCGCCGCCGGCAAGCGAAUCUGCCGGCAGCCAAAGGCGAUCGAGUGCCGGGCGGAGGACUACCCCGACGUUGCCAUCCAGCAGGUGGGACAGGUCGUGCAGUGCGACGUCCACUUUGGACUGGUGUGCAAGAACGAGGACCAGACGGGCAAAUUCAAGAUGUGCCUCAACUACAAGAUCCGCGUGCUCUGCUGCACCCCCAACUACAACUGCUCCAUCCAAAUCCCCUCCACCCCCAGCAGCCCCACCACCAGCACCGCAACCACUACGCUGCCAACCUCCUCCCCGGUCACCACCUCCACCUCCACGCCCUACACCUUCACCACCACGAGUCCCACCUCCACGGAAAUCAGCACUUCCACCAGCCCCACGCCACUGACGUCUACCACCACCUCCACCACCACCUGUCAACCCGAAGUGUGCACCUGGAGCGAGUGGUUUGACGUUGACUUCCCCUCCUCGGGGCCCAACCAGGGAGACUUUGAAACCUACCAGCACAUCCGCGCCGCCGGCAAGCGAAUCUGCCGGCAGCCAAAGGCGAUCGAGUGCCGGGCGGAGGACUACCCCGACGUUGCCAUCCAGCAGGUGGGACAGGUCGUGCAGUGCGACGUCCACUUUGGACUGGUGUGCAAGAACGAGGACCAGACGGGCAAAUUCAAGAUGUGCCUCAACUACAAGAUCCGCGUGCUCUGCUGCACCCCCAACUACAACUGCUCCAUCCAAAUCCCCUCCACCCCCAGCAGCCCCACCACCAGCACCGCAACCACUACGCUGCCAACCUCCUCCCCGGUCACCACCUCCACCUCCACGCCCUACACCUUCACCACCACGAGUCCCACCUCCACGGAAAUCAGCACUUCCACCAGCCCCACGCCACUGACGUCUACCACCACCUCCACCACCACCUGUCAACCCGAAGUGUGCACCUGGAGCGAGUGGUUUGACGUUGACUUCCCCUCCUCGGGGCCCAACCAGGGAGACUUUGAAACCUACCAGCACAUCCGCGCCGCCGGCAAGCGAAUCUGCCGGCAGCCAAAGGCGAUCGAGUGCCGGGCGGAGGACUACCCCGACGUUGCCAUCCAGCAGGUGGGACAGGUCGUGCAGUGCGACGUCCACUUUGGACUGGUGUGCAAGAACGAGGACCAGACGGGCAAAUUCAAGAUGUGCCUCAACUACAAGAUCCGCGUGCUCUGCUGCACCCCCAACUACAACUGCUCCAUCCAAAUCCCCUCCACCCCCAGCAGCCCCACCACCAGCACCGCAACCACUACGCUGCCAACCUCCUCCCCGGUCACCACCUCCACCUCCACGCCCUACACCUUCACCACCACGAGUCCCACCUCCACGGAAAUCAGCACUUCCACCAGCCCCAUGCCACUGACGUCUACCACCACCUCCACCACCACCUGUCAACCCGAAGUGUGCACCUGGAGCGAGUGGUUUGACGUUGACUUCCCCUCCUCGGGGCCCAACCAGGGAGACUUUGAAACCUACCAGCACAUCCGCGCCGCCGGCAAGCGAAUCUGCCGGCAGCCAAAGGCGAUCGAGUGCCGGGCGGAGGACUACCCCGACGUUGCCAUCCAGCAGGUGGGACAGGUCGUGCAGUGCGACGUCCACUUUGGACUGGUGUGCAAGAACGAGGACCAGACGGGCAAAUUCAAGAUGUGCCUCAACUACAAGAUCCGCGUGCUCUGCUGCACCCCCAACUACAACUGCUCCAUCCAAAUCCCCUCCACCCCCAGCAGCCCCACCACCAGCACCGCAACCACUACGCUGCCAACCUCCUCCCCGGUCACCACCUCCACCUCCACGCCCUACACCUUCACCACCACGAGUCCCACCUCCACGGAAAUCAGCACUUCCACCAGCCCCACGCCACUGACGUCUACCACCACCUCCACCACCACCUGUCAACCCGAAGUGUGCACCUGGAGCGAGUGGUUUGACGUUGACUUCCCCUCCUCGGGGCCCAACCAGGGAGACUUUGAAACCUACCAGCACAUCCGCGCCGCCGGCAAGCGAAUCUGCCGGCAGCCAAAGGCGAUCGAGUGCCGGGCGGAGGACUACCCCGACGUUGCCAUCCAGCAGGUGGGACAGGUCGUGCAGUGCGACGUCCACUUUGGACUGGUGUGCAAGAACGAGGACCAGACGGGCAAAUUCAAGAUGUGCCUCAACUACAAGAUCCGCGUGCUCUGCUGCACCCCCAACUACAACUGCUCCAUCCAAAUCCCCUCCACCCCCAGCAGCCCCACCACCAGCACCGCAACCACUACGCUGCCAACCUCCUCCCCGGUCACCACCUCCACCUCCACGCCCUACACCUUCACCACCACGAGUCCCACCUCCACGGAAAUCAGCACUUCCACCAGCCCCACGCCACUGACGUCUACCACCACCUCCACCACCACCUGUCAACCCGAAGUGUGCACCUGGAGCGAGUGGUUUGACGUUGACUUCCCCUCCUCGGGGCCCAACCAGGGAGACUUUGAAACCUACCAGCACAUCCGCGCCGCCGGCAAGCGAAUCUGCCGGCAGCCAAAGGCGAUCGAGUGCCGGGCGGAGGACUACCCCGACGUUGCCAUCCAGCAGGUGGGACAGGUCGUGCAGUGCGACGUCCACUUUGGACUGGUGUGCAAGAACGAGGACCAGACGGGCAAAUUCAAGAUGUGCCUCAACUACAAGAUCCGCGUGCUCUGCUGCACCCCCAACUACAACUGCUCCAUCCAAAUCCCCUCCACCCCCAGCAGCCCCACCACCAGCACCGCAACCACUACGCUGCCAACCUCCUCCCCGGUCACCACCUCCACCUCCACGCCCUACACCUUCACCACCACGAGUCCCACCUCCACGGAAAUCAGCACUUCCACCAGCCCCACGCCACUGACGUCUACCACCACCUCCACCACCACCUGUCAACCCGAAGUGUGCACCUGGAGCGAGUGGUUUGACGUUGACUUCCCCUCCUCGGGGCCCAACCAGGGAGACUUUGAAACCUACCAGCACAUCCGCGCCGCCGGCAAGCGAAUCUGCCGGCAGCCAAAGGCGAUCGAGUGCCGGGCGGAGGACUACCCCGACGUUGCCAUCCAGCAGGUGGGACAGGUCGUGCAGUGCGACGUCCACUUUGGACUGGUGUGCAAGAACGAGGACCAGACGGGCAAAUUCAAGAUGUGCCUCAACUACAAGAUCCGCGUGCUCUGCUGCACCCCCAACUACAACUGCUCCAUCCAAAUCCCCUCCACCCCCAGCAGCCCCACCACCAGCACCGCAACCACUACGCUGCCAACCUCCUCCCCGGUCACCACCUCCACCUCCACGCCCUACACCUUCACCACCACGAGUCCCACCUCCACGGAAAUCAGCACUUCCACCAGCCCCACGCCACUGACGUCUACCACCACCUCCACCACCACCUGUCAACCCGAAGUGUGCACCUGGAGCGAGUGGUUUGACGUUGACUUCCCCUCCUCGGGGCCCAACCAGGGAGACUUUGAAACCUACCAGCACAUCCGCGCCGCCGGCAAGCGAAUCUGCCGGCAGCCAAAGGCGAUCGAGUGCCGGGCGGAGGACUACCCCGACGUUGCCAUCCAGCAGGUGGGACAGGUCGUGCAGUGCGACGUCCACUUUGGACUGGUGUGCAAGAACGAGGACCAGACGGGCAAAUUCAAGAUGUGCCUCAACUACAAGAUCCGCGUGCUCUGCUGCACCCCCAACUACAACUGCUCCAUCCAAAUCCCCUCCACCCCCAGCAGCCCCACCACCAGCACCGCAACCACUACGCUGCCAACCUCCUCCCCGGUCACCACCUCCACCUCCACGCCCUACACCUUCACCACCACGAGUCCCACCUCCACGGAAAUCAGCACUUCCACCAGCCCCACGCCACUGACGUCUACCACCACCUCCACCACCACCUGUCAACCCGAAGUGUGCACCUGGAGCGAGUGGUUUGACGUUGACUUCCCCUCCUCGGGGCCCAACCAGGGAGACUUUGAAACCUACCAGCACAUCCGCGCCGCCGGCAAGCGAAUCUGCCGGCAGCCAAAGGCGAUCGAGUGCCGGGCGGAGGACUACCCCGACGUUGCCAUCCAGCAGGUGGGACAGGUCGUGCAGUGCGACGUCCACUUUGGACUGGUGUGCAAGAACGAGGACCAGACGGGCAAAUUCAAGAUGUGCCUCAACUACAAGAUCCGCGUGCUCUGCUGCACCCCCAACUACAACUGCUCCAUCCAAAUCCCCUCCACCCCCAGCAGCCCCACCACCAGCACCGCAACCACUACGCUGCCAACCUCCUCCCCGGUCACCACCUCCACCUCCACGCCCUACACCUUCACCACCACGAGUCCCACCUCCACGGAAAUCAGCACUUCCACCAGCCCCACGCCACUGACGUCUACCACCACCUCCACCACCACCUGUCAACCCGAAGUGUGCACCUGGAGCGAGUGGUUUGACGUUGACUUCCCCUCCUCGGGGCCCAACCAGGGAGACUUUGAAACCUACCAGCACAUCCGCGCCGCCGGCAAGCGAAUCUGCCGGCAGCCAAAGGCGAUCGAGUGCCGGGCGGAGGACUACCCCGACGUUGCCAUCCAGCAGGUGGGACAGGUCGUGCAGUGCGACGUCCACUUUGGACUGGUGUGCAAGAACGAGGACCAGACGGGCAAAUUCAAGAUGUGCCUCAACUACAAGAUCCGCGUGCUCUGCUGCACCCCCAACUACAACUGCUCCAUCCAAAUCCCCUCCACCCCCAGCAGCCCCACCACCAGCACCGCAACCACUACGCUGCCAACCUCCUCCCCGGUCACCACCUCCACCUCCACGCCCUACACCUUCACCACCACGAGUCCCACCUCCACAGAAAUCAGCACUUCCACCAGCCCCACGCCACUGACGUCUACCACCACCUCCACCACCACCUGUCAACCCGAAGUGUGCACCUGGAGCGAGUGGUUUGACGUUGACUUCCCCUCCUCGGGGCCCAACCAGGGAGACUUUGAAACCUACCAGCACAUCCGCGCCGCCGGCAAGCGAAUCUGCCGGCAGCCAAAGGCGAUCGAGUGCCGGGCGGAGGACUACCCCGACGUUGCCAUCCAGCAGGUGGGACAGGUCGUGCAGUGCGACGUCCACUUUGGACUGGUGUGCAAGAACGAGGACCAGACGGGCAAAUUCAAGAUGUGCCUCAACUACAAGAUCCGCGUGCUCUGCUGCACCCCCAACUACAACUGCUCCAUCCAAAUCCCCUCCACCCCCAGCAGCCCCACCACCAGCACCGCAACCACUACGCUGCCAACCUCCUCCCCGGUCACCACCUCCACCUCCACGCCCUACACCUUCACCACCACGAGUCCCACCUCCACGGAAAUCAGCACUUCCACCAGCCCCACGCCACUGACGUCUACCACCACCUCCACCACCACCUGUCAACCCGAAGUGUGCACCUGGAGCGAGUGGUUUGACGUUGACUUCCCCUCCUCGGGGCCCAACCAGGGAGACUUUGAAACCUACCAGCACAUCCGCGCCGCCGGCAAGCGAAUCUGCCGGCAGCCAAAGGCGAUCGAGUGCCGGGCGGAGGACUACCCCGACGUUGCCAUCCAGCAGGUGGGACAGGUCGUGCAGUGCGACGUCCACUUUGGACUGGUGUGCAAGAACGAGGACCAGACGGGCAAAUUCAAGAUGUGCCUCAACUACAAGAUCCGCGUGCUCUGCUGCACCCCCAACUACAACUGUUCAUUCUCUACCCCUUUAACCACCACUAGGAGACCUAUAAUUAUUACCGAAAGUGAACCUUUCUCUACCUCAUCUCCACCUGUGGUUUCUACUACGCCAUGUUUCUGCAAGAUUGGUGAUGCUAUUUUUUCACCUGGUGAUUUGAUUUACAAUAGAAUGGAUAGUGAUGGAUGCAGAUUUUAUGCCAUUUGCAGCCCUACAUGUGAUAUUGAACGACACACUGUGAAUUGUAAUGUCACUACUUCACCAGCCACUACUUCCUCUGAGUGGUCUACAGUAACAACUUCAGUUCCUUUGCGUCCCACCUCUGCAAGUGUUGUUUUUCAUGGUUGUGUUUCUUCUCUUUAUCCUCCAUUACAACCUGGAGAAAGAUUCAAAUUAUCCAACUGUACAGAAGUGAUCUGUAAUGGAGACAACGAUAUAGACGUAGUACCAACGGUCUGCCCACCCGUAAAGGAAAUUACCUGUGCAAACAAAUAUCCACCAGUGCUGGUACCAGAUGAAAACGGAUGCUGUUACCGAUAUGAGUGUCAAUGUGUGUGUAGUGGAUGGGGUGAUCCUCAUUACAUUACUUUUGAUGGAAUCUAUUAUACCUUCCUUGAAAACUGCACUUAUGUCCUGGUGAAACAGAUUGUCCCUAGAUAUGACAACUUCCGUGUUUACAUUGACAACUACUACUGUGAUGCAAAAGAUGGGCUCUCUUGCCCUAAAUCCAUUAUUAUUUUCUACAAAUCUGCAGAAGUGCUCCUGACUCGUGAACUCAUGAAUGGUGUGAUGACCAAUGUGAUGUACUUCAACAAAAAGAUUGUUGAACCAGGCUUCAAAAAAGAUGGCAUUUCUUUCUCCACUCUUGGCAUCAAUAUGAUUGUUGAAAUAGAGGAAAUUGGUGCUGUCAUCACCUUUAGUGGUCUGAUUUUCUCUGUGAAGCUCCCAUACAGCAAAUUUGGCAACAAUACGGAAGGACAAUGUGGAACAUGUACAAACAAUAAAGCUGAUGAAUGCCGCUUACCAAGUGGCAAGAUAAUUUCCUCCUGUCCCCAAAUGGCUCAUCACUGGAUUGUUGAUGACAACAAGUCAUGCCAUGGAAUACCAGUACCACCAACUAUAACAACACCUCCACCAAAGCCGCAAUGUCAAACACCUCUGCUCUGCAAGCUUAUCUUGAGCGAGGUUUUUGCAGAAUGUCAUACAGUGAUACCACCAGAACCAUUUUUCAAAGGCUGUGUUUUUGAUGGAUGUCGCAUAGACGAUGAAUCCAUGCAGUGUUCCAGUUUGGAGAUAUAUGCUACAGAGUGUGCUGCUAGAGGUGUCUGCAUUGACUGGAGAGGAAUGACCAACAAUACAUGUUCAUUCAGCUGUCCAUCAAACUUGGUAUACAAGCCAUGCGGGCCCAUUAAUCCAGUUACCUGUGACCAAAGCUAUGAGCGUCCUGGCUAUGGAGUAACUGAAGGCUGUUUCUGCCCUGAAGGAAUGACACUCUUGCGUGCAGAGAGCAACAUCUGUGUUUCUGAAUGUGUCUGCAGAGAACCAAAUGGAAUGUCCAGAUGGCCAGGAGAAAAAUGGACAAAAGAUUGCCAGGAAUGUGUCUGUGACAAAAAUACUCUUCAGGUGAAGUGUACGAAACACGAAUGUUCUCUGACACAGCAAGUAUUUUGUGAAGAACCAGGUUACAUGCCUGUUCAGAUACAGAUACCAGAAGAUCCAUGCUGUACUAGGACUGAGUGCUACUGCAACACAAGCCUCUGCCCUGAUAUCACACCCCAGUGCUUAGAGGGACAGGAAAUAAUCACAAUAAUGCCACCUGGAAACUGCUGUCCUAUCUUUGAAUGCAGACAGGGCUGUGUAGUCAAUGAAACGUAUUAUGCACCUGGAGCUGCCAUUCCAUCAGGCCCCUGUGAAGAAUGUACCUGCUCUGAAUCCUCUCCCUCAAGCCCUCACCACCCUUGGGUCACAUGCCAGCCCAUUAUCUGUGACACAUUCUGCCCGCUGGGCUAUAAAUACACAGUGGAACCUGGACAGUGUUGCGGCACGUGCAAGGCAGCAGCUUGUGUAGUGACGCUGGGAGACAACAUUACACACGUGCUCCAUGAAGGAGAACAUUGGAAUCCACCUGGUGAUAACUGUACUGUUUACACAUGUGAAAAGCAUGCUGACCACUUCAUCCAAGUCAUCAAAGAGGCAAGCUGUCCUGCCUUUAACCCUGAUGAGUGUGAUCCAGAUGAUGUCAGGUUAUCUGACGAUGGUUGCUGUUUAGUGUGCCGAAGAAUACCAAAACUUUGUAUGAAGCACAAUAUGACUACUGUCAUCAACUAUAAUGGCUGUGUAUCUCCUGCACCUGUUGAGAUAACAUACUGUGAAGGCAGCUGUGAUGCUUACUCACGAUAUUCUCAAAUGACAAACACGAUGGUGCACAAAUGCUCGUGUUGUCAGGAAAUCAAGACCAGCAAAAGAAAGGUGAUUCUGACGUGCAGUGAUGGAACCUCCCUCGAGCACUCCUACACCUACGUGGAGAAAUGCAGCUGUGUGGGUGCUGAGUGCAUUACUCAAGACAACACCCAGCAAGAGACACAGCAGAUAAAGACCUCUCAGGAGCAAACAAAUAUCAAAAAUUAGAACUAGACAGAAGUCCUCAAACAAGGGCUGAGCAUAAGACUAAAUAAAGAAACUUCAAAAAAUACAAAAGUGUCAAGAGCAGCUAAAAUUUUGGAUGAACAGAUAAUGUUUUCUUCAUAAAACCCCAGUAUGUCUGUCUGCAGAAUUUCAGUUUUCAUUAUUAAUACAAUUUCAUUACCUCCCAUUGGUUUUUAUAUCUUUUUUUUUUUACACCUUGAGAGGUACAGCACAAGUUUAUCUUGACAUUUUCUGUACAUUUGUCUUCUGAGAAAUGCUGGACUUUUAAUAACAUUUUCAUUCCAGUUCACCGAGAAAAAUCAAAAGACAAAUCCAGAAAACAAACCAAAUCGAAGGAAAACUGUACCCGUCUGCUUCUAUGUGUUUCUUUUUUGUUGUUGAGGAAAACUUAGAGGGCAGAAAGCCAUAUCUUUUCAAAACUAUAAACUUCAAUAUUUUGAAGAAUUUAUGAUGGACAUAAUUCCCUACAUGUUUUUGUGAGGAAAAGGAAAAAGUCCUAUUGUGAGAAGCUGCUGCACACUACUUUUUGUUUACAUAACACCAUCAGCAUAGUAGCUGUAUGAAAAUAUAGAUUUUUUUAUUUUGUUUUGUUAUGUGGUUAACUGUUUACAGAAGAAAUAUAUAUAUUUGCCAACAGAGGCAUAUGAAGGAUUUUUUUAAAAGUAUAAUAAUAAUAAUUGUAAAUUCUUUCCUAGGAAACUUUAAAAAGUUGAACCACUGCUAUUUAUUAUUAUUUUUUUGAAUACUGAUUUAUUGGGUCAUUUCUUUCAGAAUUAAAUGUUAUCCUACUUCUUACUCUCAGUCAUGUUGUCUGGGUAUGGUAUAGUUUCUUUUGGUUUUGAAUAUUAUUUUAUUUUUGUUCCUUAAGACACAAAAAAAGCAAUUAUAAUUAAUAAAUUUUGAGCAUUUUACAGCACCUCUGCUUUGACUUUUCAAUGAAUCCCUUGUGUGAGAGUUGCUGGCUCCAUAAAAUAAAG